UAAUUGAGCCAUGCAUAGACUUUCUUAAACGCCAUCCACACACAUUCACAAACACAGUAACAUUGGUUUAUUAUCUGUGUUGAAUUCUGGGUUUAGUUUGUAACUUUGACAUAUUGGUAUGUUUCAGCACCAGCUGUAUCUGAGUUGGAAGUCACUGGGAUUAUAGGAGAGUCUGUUCUCCUGUCCUGUGACCUGAAUUCAUCCACGGCCAUCGACCCAGCAAGACUCCGGUUCCAUUGGCAAGAUAAGUCCGAAAAAGUGAUGUACUCGUUCAACAAAGGAGAAGAGAAUCGACAUCAGGAUAACCUUUACACAAACAGAACUAAAGCCUUUGGGUCUGAGAUGAGUUCUGGGAAUAUCUCUAUCAAACUCAGCCAAGUCACACUUGAAGACGAGCAGAACGUCUACUGGGCUUUCGCUACACUGUUUGAUGAGAAUGAUAAGCAUAAACGCGGGUGUCAGAAUAUCCUACAUGUGGCAGCACGGUUCCCGACACCCAGUGUGACUGUGAACAAGACAAAUAUGAAUGCCACGUGUUCAACCCAGGGGGGAUACCCACAGCCAGUCGUCACAUGGACCAUCCAGGACGUCCCAUUGGCUCAGAACCGCACUCUGGACCCGUGGGAAGUACAGACCAAAAGACAACCUGAUCCUGAAAGUGGACUGUACACCGUCUGGAGCCAAGUGAAUAUAAGAGAAAAUCAGACGGUGACCUGCCAUAUCUUCAACCCCGUUCUGAGAGAGACUGUGAGCAACACAACCAUCGUCAGCUCCAAUCAGAGCAUUAACACAGACCCUGCAGGUGAUGUUCAGGAAGGCUUUUCUCCCGGAAUUAUUGGAGUUAUCACUACAGUAUUGAUUGUGUUUGGCUUCGGUGGGGGUUAUUUUGUGUACAAAAAAUGUUGUGGAGCCACAGGAGACAGAGGUGAUACCUCAGGAGCCAGAGGUGGUGCAACAGGGCCAAUGGAUUUUCCACAGGAGACAGAGGUGGUACUACAGGAGGUGAUGAGGAGCAGAGCAUUCUAAUGGGUAUCACAACAAGCCAGCCUUAGUCUAGUAGUGUUGAUCAAGUUGAUGGAGCCACAGUUACCAACGCUAACGGCGCUACAGCAAAAAAACACAGCUGAUGGUGUAACAGAACCAGUGCGUGACAUUGUAAACAUGAAACUGGACAACAGUAGUUUUGAGACAGGUCUGAUCCUGAGUCGGACGCAGACUGAUGAGGUCAUGUAAAGAGGAAAGUCUGAAGCUACAGUAAACGAUGCUAUACAGGAACCAGGCGUAGGCCGGCACCAGACGAUCUAGAGGCAGACUGACAUUUCUUUAUAUACGGGUCCAUAAAUUGGACAUGUCAGUGUACUGUAUCCCAACGGAAUCUACCUCUUCUAUUGGAAGUAUUUGCAUGUUUUUUCUAAUAUUUUCUAAUUAAUAGCCAGCUAUUAGAAAAGCGUUAGAACGUCUACAGUAGAAGGUUGCAAAUAAUGUGUCUGUAAAUGUUCUACUGUAGAAGUUCUAAAUCAUGGGAGUAUUUAAAAAAAAAUACAUUACAAUAUUAAACUACUUCUGUUUUCAAAUAUAAAAUAUCCAAAUAUUUCCUUACAAAUGUCUUUGAAAAUAAUUGAAAGACCUUACAGUAAAUAUUAUUUUAAACCAUGUCUGAACCUGAAAAAUAAGUGAAAGACCCCAAAUAGUAUUUUAAAUAUAGUCUGAUAUUCAGUGGACAAACCUGCCUAGUGGGAACCAAGACAUCUGAUGUUGAAAAUGCAUUUUUGUUUUAUAUUUGACUUGAAUUUAUGAAGAACACUGAAGUUAAAUGUUUUACCUUAAAUCGGCCAGUAAGUGAGAGCUGAACCUAUAACCAUCCACUUCAUUCUGUCUGCAUGUCUUUGUGUAACAAGUUACUGUAGAGGUUCUGAAGCUUGUACCAUGACCAAGGACUAGAUUCAAUCCGGACCGAAAUGGAGCCCAUAUAUACAGCAUUUACCGUGAAUGCAUUCUCUGCAAAUGCAGGAUUGUUAGCUUUUAAAUUUCACUAGUGCGGAUCUUCAGUGGUCCAGACUGAAUCCAGGCCUAAAACCAUGUAAACCUCAACACACUGGUACAGUUGUGUACUCUCAGACUGACUUAGAGGAGACAUUUCCACUCUGUCAAACAGACCUCACUGUGUUCAACAGUAGGGACAGCUGCUACAGAUCUGUAACCAGAUUUAGAUUACAUU